GUUAACAUUACAACCAGAAUAGAAAAAAUUUAGUUUCAGGAAAGUUGGUGAAGGUACGACCAGUUCUCAUACGCGUAUUUCUGGUAUACCAAGAAAAUGGGCGCCAACAUUGGAGUCUCUGUUUUCUUCUUUCUCACUUUCCCAUUUUUUGCAAGAUCAGUUAAUCUUGGAGGCGCUUGCCAAAGUAUGUGGAACAAUGCUGGAAAUAACUUGAUCGUUCCAGCAGAAUUAACUGUCAAUGCGGUCCAAAACGCAGCUCCGUUGUUUACCGUGGUUCCUGGAGCUGGAGGAGUUGGAAAAGUCAAUUCCCCUGUAUUUGCCCGAUUCCGAGAUCUAUUGGUUGAUUACCAGGCUGUGCCGUUUGUUCUCAAUCAGCAACAUAUAAAUGACUUCAUAACUGCGGUAACCCAACCAGGCGGACCUAUGCAGGCAGCCUUGAAUUAUUUAGUAAAUCAACCGGGAUCAUUGCCUCCAGGAGUGACCACCCUAGAACAAUUUAGAUGCAUUUUGGAAGAAUUAUGGUUCCGGAACAGCGACGGAUUUAAACAUGUUUUUGUUGGGAAUCAAAUAAACGCUAACAGUUUCAAUGGAUUUCACAACUGGUACCAGUUCUUCCUUGAGCAAGCGAGACAACCGACUCAGACGACAAAUAUCGCUUUUAAUCAGCCACCGCAUCUGCCGCCUUUCGUGGGAAAUAGAUUGCCAUAUUUUCUGCGUGGCUUAGCAUUCACCUGGAGAGGGGCGAACAAAGUACCACAAGGCACCAGCAGCUGCAUGUUCGUAGGAACCAGCCCAGCAUUUGAUUUGGCCAUGUUUACUGCUUGUGUCUUAAGAGGACGUGCACCUGGAGGAGGAGUAAUAGGAGGAAACGGCAAUCGAGUUACAGACUGUGAGUGCAAUAUUCACGUGCCUGCGGGAGGGCUACCGCAGAGCCUGGUGCGAUUUAGGACCGUCGAGAACCCAAAUAAUGAGAGGGUCGUCACCGCCUAUCCAAGAAAUGUCCUAUAGAUGAAUGAUCACCGUUUUGU